GUAGAAAUAAGGUCCAGUUCUAAAACAAAUGAUAGCCUAGCCUAAUGUUGAAAUGUGAGUGGUUAAUGUUAUUCCAGAAAUCUCUUUUUAAGUGGGUGAGAGUUUACAUUUUGAAACACAUUCUGGCAACACACCUAUUGUGUUGUGCCACAUUCUAUUGCUUCCCAAACUGUUGCAGUUGCUUUUAAUAGGCUACAUUAGAUCCACUGUGUGUGAAAUAGCCAGGGGGGAGAUAUAUUUCGGCCUUUAACACAGUUUCGUUUUAGAUGCUGCAUGUGAGAAAGUUUUGUUUAGCGUCGAGCUUGACUGGUAAUAAAGUGUGUCCCAUUAGGUACACUGAAUGUUUGCUAAUAUUUCUUUAGUUUCUCUGGAGAGGGCACUGAGCAUUUGAGUGGACCUAAAGGAGUAUACAGAAAUUAAGGCAAAAUGGAAGACCCCAAACAAACUGACUCCCAGCCAGAUUCCCAGCCAGCUCAGGACCCACAGGGUGUGGUGUCCCGGGUUGGUAACCUUCCUCUGGUGAGCUCUGCCUAUGAGAUGCUGUCCAGCGCCUACAGCAGCACGAUGCAGAGUGUGCCCCUGCUGAAGGGGGUGAUGGAUGUGGCUGAGAGUGGGGCUCGCACCCUGGGUGCGGCCGCCUCCACGGGCUCCAAGCCCAUACUGGACCGCCUGGAGCCUCAGAUUACUGCUGUGAAUCAAUAUGCCAUGUUGGGACUGGAUAAGGUGGAGCAGAAGCUCCCAAUCCUGCAGCAGCCUGCAGAUAAGCUUUAUUCAGACACAGUGGGGAUGAUGUACCAAUCUGUUACUGGAGCCAAAGAUGCCAUGAUCGGGGCGGUGAUGGGCGGAGUGGAGAAGACCCGAGCAGCUGUGAACGAGAGCAUAAACUCAGUGAGCCAAAUGGUCAGCAGCGGGGUCAACCUGGCCCUGAGUCACUCCGAGAGCUGGGUGGACCAUUACCUGCCUUUGAGUGAGAAAGAGCUGGCUGAGCUGUCUGAACCGGUCCCUAGUGAGGAGGCAGCAGCCAUGGUGAGCUCCAGUCCUGCAGGUUCUGGUUCCAACUCCAGCCCCAGCGCCAGCUAUUUUGUUCGCCUGGGCAAACUCUCUUCCAAGGUGCGUGAGCGUGCGUUGGAGCAGUCGCUGUCACGCGCCCGAAAUGCCCGGGCCGCAACUCACACGGCCGUGACACAGAUCAGCAGCACACUGGACCUGCUGGAGAAUGCCCGCACCACACUGGUCACCGCCAACCAGCAGCUAGGGGGCGCUCCAGAGCAGCUGAUGCAGCGCUGGAAAGAGUGGCAGCAAACGCAACAGCAGCAGCAGGGACAGCCACAGGAAGGACAGGGCCAAGGGGCGCAGGCGGAACAGAGCAUGGAAGUGGAUGAGACCAAGGACCAUGGAGAGCAGUUAGAAGGCUGGACUCUAUCCAUGGCGCGUGACCUGACGGGUCAGCUGCGCGUGGCCUGCGCCACAGUGGUGUCCAGUGCACAGGGUCUCCCCAGCACAGUGCAGGAGCAGCUGCUCAGCGCCCGCCGCACCGCCGAGGAGCUCCAGCGCUCCCUGGUCAACGCCAGCACACUAACACCACACCUCCUGCAGCAGACACGCAAGCAGAUUACACAGGUGCGUCAGUCUCUGGACGGGGUGGUGGAGUACUUGCUCCACAACACCCCUCUGAACUGGCUGGUGGGGCCUUUUUCACCCCAGAACACUGAGAAGGUGGAGCCCGGAACUCAGCCAGCCCCCCCAAGUCAGGGCUGAGGACCGAGUGACAGAGACCGCAGCCAAUGAAAGUGUAUACUCCUUAAGUGCCCUUCAGAAUAAUACUAUUAAGACGUGUGACGUUAGACCACUAUUAAAUAGUGUGUUUACAUUAAAGCCUUGUCUAUGCCAUGAGUGUUAAACAAUAUGAAUAAUAAAUACAUAUGUAAUACAAGUAUUUUAAGACAAUAGAAUUCAUUGUAAUAUCAUAUUAGGCUUAAAUUGACAUUUAAUGUACAACUCUGCCGCUUGUAUGAUUUGGUGCGAUGCAUUAAACAAUGGCAUCCCAUAAUAUGUAGCAUCCCAUUAAAGAUUUCGCUUUCAUUUCCAUGGCUAAAAUAAGGCAAGGGUACAAAUAUCACAGGGUACAAAUGUGCUCUAUAUUUUGUAUGUAACAAGAGCAUUUUACUUUGCUAACAAGUAUUUCUAAAGUCAGUGAUUUUUAUUGCAAUUUUGAUUGAUGAUAUAAAAAGAUACAUGAAAAGUUCAGCUGUAGCCUACAUGUAUUAUUAAUAAAGCAUUCUGACAAAUUC